GGCCGGGAGAGCGUGGGGACCGGCCGCCGCCUCCUUCUCCUCCUCCUCCUCCUCCUCCUCCUCCGGGCUGUCCUCCGGGCUGCCCUCCGCCAUGGGGCAGGAGCCGCGGAUGCUGACGCCUUCCCCCAACUGGUACUGCGGACGCUCCAGUGACGCCGGGCCCCGGGCGCUCUUCGGCUUCGCCGCCCGGACCUCCGUCUUCCUGCUGCACGUUGGGCCCCACGCUCUGCGCGUUCUAGGGGAAUUGGUGGGACACACGGAAAGGGUUUCCGGCUUCACAUUUUGUCAUCAUCCGGGACAGCAGCUCUGUGCCAGCAGCUCUGAUGAUGGAACGGUGAAAAUCUGGGAUGUAGAAACCAAAACGGUUGUGUCAGAACACGCUCUCCAUCAGAAUACCAUCUCAGCCUUGCAUUGGUCACCACGAGUAAAAGAUUUGAUCGUAUCAGGGGACGAAAAGGGAAUAAUCAUUUGUUACUGGAAUAACAGAAAUGACAGCCAGCACUUUUUCCCAGAACCACGGACGGUCUUCUGUCUCACUUGUUCUCCCCAUCAUGAAGAUUUAGUGGCCAUUGGAUAUAAGGAUGGCAUGGUGGUUAUUAUUGACAUUAGCAGGAAAGGAGACAUUGUCCACAGGCUAAGAGGCCAUGAUGAUGAAAUUCACUCCAUAGCAUGGUGUCCUGUGCUUGGUGAAGAAGGGUUAUCCAGGUGGCAAGAUGAGAACCCAGAAGAACAAGAGAUUUCAAAUGGAGAAAAAAUUCAGCAGUCAGCAGUAACAAAAGACUGCUACCUGGCCACUGGAAGCAAAGAUCAGACCAUCCGAAUCUGGAGUUGUUCUAGAGGCAGAGGAGUGAUGACAAUGAAGUUGCCAUUUCUGAAACGGAGAGGAGGGGGUGUGGAUCCCACUGUGAAAGAGCGGAUUUGGUUGACUGUCCACUGGCCCUCUGGUCGGCCCACACAGCUGAUAUCCAGUUGUUUUGGAGGAGAACUAUUGCUCUGGGACCUCACCCAAUCUGGAAAACGGAAGUGCAGUCUGUUUGGUUCUUCGGAGGGACAGAAUCACUCUAGAAUUGUGUUUAAUUUAUGUUCCCUACGGACAGAAGAUGGCAGAGAACUUUUGCUUUCCAUUUCUAUGGACAGAGAUGUGAAAUGUUGGGAUAUGGCAAACCUGGACUGCUGUUGGACUUUGCCCUCUCUCGGCGGCUUUGUCUACAGCCUGGCUUUCUCACCUGUGGACACUGGCUGUUUAGCCAUAGGCGUAGGAGAUGGUAUGAUCCGGGUGUGGAAUACAAUGUCCAUAAAAAACAGCUAUGAUGUGAAAACCUUCUGGCAAGGCAUCAAAUCCAAGGUUACUGCGCUUUCCUGGCAUCCAACUAAGGAAGGUUGUUUGGCUUUUGGAACUGACGACGGGAGAGUCGGAAUGUAUGACACCUACUGUACCAAGCCACCUCAGCUCUCCAGUACUUAUCAUAAGAAGACUGUCUACGCAUUGGCCUGGGGGCCUCCGGUACCCCCUCUAUCAUUUGGAGGAGAUGGUGACAGACCCUCUGUUACCUUAUAUAGCUGUGCGGGAGAAGGGAUCGUCUUACAGCACAACCCCUGGAAGUUAAGUGGAGAGGCGCAUGAUAUCAACAAAAUCAUAAGAGACACAAACUCAAUCAAAUACAAAUUGCCAGCACAUACAGAGAUCAGCUGGAAACCAGAUGGCAAAAUCAUGGCUCUUGGCAAUGAAGAUGGAUCAAUUGAAAUAUUUCAGGCUCCAAACUUGAAACUGCUCUGCACCAUCCAGCAGCACCACAAGCUGGUCAAUGCCCUCCGCUGGCAUCACGAACAUGGGACCCAGCCAGAACUGAGCUGCCUGUUAGCCUCAGGAUCCAACAAUGCUGUCAUUUAUGUGCAUAAUCUGAAGAGCGUGAUAGAGACCAGCCCCGAAACCCCGACAACAAUUACUGAGCCCUUCCGAACUCUUUCGGGGCAUACUGCUAAAAUCACAAGUCUGGCCUGGAGCCCCCAUCAUGAUGGAAGAUUAGUAUCUGCUUGCUAUGAUGGCACAGCUCAGGUGUGGGACGUUCUCAAGGAAGAGCCCCUGUGCAAUUAUCGAGGACACCGAGGGCACAGACUUCUGUGUGUCCAGUGGUCACCAGUGGAUCCAGAUGCAGUCUAUUCAGGAGCCGAUGAUUUCUGUGUACACAAGUGGCUAAUUUCAAUGCAAGAGCAUACCCGACCACCUCAAGGCAAAAAGAGCAUUGAACUGGAGAAAAAAAGGAUUGCUCAGCCCAAGUCAAAGUUCAAAAAGAAGAAAAAGCCAAUAGGGAAGAUACCGACAAAACAGGAACUGAACGAAAUGGUGAAUGGAGGGGAGAAUGUUAGAGAGAGCUUGGUACCAGUUGAGAAUGGGGUGUCUGACCAAGAAGGUGAAGAAGAAUCAGAUGAACAGACUAUUCCAAAUGGGAUCUCUUCCGGUGUUUCCAAGGAGCUACCUCUCCACCCGUCGAUUUUCCCAGUGCCUGAAAAGCUGAAAUUUACCACUUAUCCCAAAGUAGCAUUGGUAAAAAAGGAACUCCCUAAAGAGAAGCCAGAAGCCUCGUUGAAGAAGAAAAAGGCUCGCUCCUUCCUGCCCGUUAGCACAGCCUUGGACCACAGGUCAAAAGAGGAGCUUCAUCAAGACUGCUUGGUGUUGGCAACUGCAAAACACUCCAAAGAGCUGAGUGAGGACUUGGUUGCCGAACUCAGGGAACGGAUUCAUUUGGGGCUCUUCACAGACAAGCCUGCCUUGUCCAGGAUGAUUGAAGUGGAAGGGAAAAGUCACCUGGAGAAUGGACACCCAGAGUUAUUUCACCAGCUGAUGCUGUGGGAAGGAAAUCUAAAGGGUGUGCUCCAGACUGCUAUCGAGAGGGGAGAGCUGACGGACCAAUUGGUAGCCAUGGCGCCCAUGGCUGGUUACGAGAUGUGGAAGAGGACCGUGGAAGCCUUUGCUAAACAGCUGUGUUUUCAGGAUCAGUACGUCAAAGCAGCCUCCCACCUCCUCUCCAUUCACAAGGUGCUGGAAGCUGUGGAGCUGCUGAAAUCAAACCAUUUCUACAGGGAAGCUAUUGCAAUUGCCAAGGCCCAGCUACCUCCAGACAACCCAAUAUUGAAGGACCUCUACAGCAGUUGGGGAGCAGUCCUUGAGAGAGAUGGACAUUAUGCGAUGGCAGCUAAAUGCUACUUAGGAGCUGCCUCUGCCUAUGAUGCCGCGAAGGUGUUGGCCAAAAAGGGGGAUGUGGCUUCAGUUAGAACAGCUGCAGCAUUGGCUCUGAUCACUGGAGAGAAGGAACUGUCAGCGUCGUUCUCUUUCAGAUGUGCCCAAGAGCUCCUGGCGAACAGGAAUUGGAUUGGCGCCCAGGAAGUCCUUCAGCACCAAGACAGUCUGCUGGGUCAGAGGCUGGUGUUCUGUCUUCAUGAAAUGUUGUCCAAGCACCUAGAAGAAAUGCAGCAACUAGAAUGGAAAAGCUCCUGCCUGCCUGUAUAUCACAGCUGGGCUACAGGAACUGGAGGCCCCUUUGUGGAGAGGGUGACUUCAGUAUGGCAGAGUACAUUUGGCUUGGACGACGCCGAGCAGUCAAGAGUGGCGUUUCAACAGCUAUGCGGUAUCGAAUACCCACCGGCCACAUGCAACACCCUUCUCAAACAGCUGCUACUUCACAUCUCCCACGACCUGACGUUGGCCGUGCUGAGCCAACAGGCCGCCUCCUGGGACGAGUCCGUGAAGGCUCUGCUGGGGGCUGUGACGCGCAGCUACGAUUCGGGGAACUUCACUCUAAUGCAGAUCAUCUGUUCUCUCUUCCUUCCUGAAGGUUGCGAGCAUCUAAAAGACAAACAGAGCGCCCCCAACUCCCCCGGCUCAGCCGCUUACCAAAGUCUGGAGGCCUUUGUGGUCUACGGCCAGCUCUACGAGCUCUGGUGGAACAGGUCCCGUGCGCCCCUCCUCCAAGCCAAGGUUGGGGCGGAUCCCAUACCUUGUCCCGGGGAGCCAGACCGCUCCGCCGACGGUUCCGACCCCGAAGGGUCGGGGCGGGGGACUCCCACCCACCCGGAGGACACCGUCCCCGCGGCAGCUAGAACCGGCCCGGCCCCGGAACGUGAGGCGGCAGACGCUGCGGAAGAGCAGCUGAAACUGAGGGCUUUUAAAGUGUUGCUUUCGGAAGUGCACGCUGAUCUCCAGAGCACCCAGAGAGCCAUUGCUCAAGUCCAAGAGACUCUAACUGACCUGAUCCACCAGCAUCAGAAAAACCAACUCCACAAAACCACAACAGACAAUAAGGAAGAGAGUGAGCCUUCUCAAGUGGAAUCCGACAGCGGCUCACCCGAGAGCCACGAUGAGAAAGCAGAGAGGGAAUCAGUAUCCCUGCCUGAGCUGAUGAAACGGCUUUCAGAAGCAAAUAAGAGAAUGGCUGAAUUUCCCCUAGGCAUCAAGACGUUUCCUUUUCCAGAUGUACUGGAGUGCUGCCUCUUAUUUCUUCACAUCGGACUGCAGUGUCCUUUGGACGAGAGUCUGGAGAUUCAGCGACAUGCAUUGGAGCUCCUUCGAAAAUAUGGCAGAAGUAAAGUUCACAAGAAAUACUGCCAGUCCUUUUGCAAAUGAGUUCUCAGAGAAGUUCUUCAAUCGAGGCUAAUUCAGGAUGCUUAUUAACUUACCCUUUCUGAUGCUGCAGCGUUUCCCAUACCGGACACUUUCCCCCAUUCAGCCCUAUUUCUGGACCCCAUUUUUUAGAAGGGCAAUACACAAUAGAAAACAAAUGAGCCAAGUUUUAAUCUUGGCCUCUUACUCUGGUCCAUAGUGGAUCCUGACUGUGCUUAUGGAAUGAAAAAUGAAGGACUUUGCCUUUACUCUGUGGUACAUGCUCUCAAAAUUGUUUUCUGUGUAGGGAAGAAUUAUACAAAAGAAGCAGUGUUCAUAAUAGUUACAAAGUCUUUUUUGUGUUUUUUCUUUUAAGUAGUCACAAUGACUUAUGUAAACGUCUCACUAAAACUAAGAAUCCAUUUGGACAUUUUGUUAUUAAUGGGAUUCGUACUGCCCACAGGUUAAAAGUAAAACCAGUUUUAUUGUCUCUGAUGGAAAGAUAAUUAGCCAUGUUUGGGGUUGCACCAAAUCCAGCCUAAGGUAUCCCACCCAAAGUUUGUACCAACAACUAUGUCAAGGAUUAAUCCUAAUACCAGACAUUCACAGCCAGUUAUAUACAUCUGUCUUCAUUUGAGCUUGAAAAUCAGUUUGGUUGUUUUGAAUGUUUUCAUUUAUAAAAGAUGCAUUGUGAACUAAUUGCCAAAUGACUAAAAAAAAAACCAAAUAGAAAAACAAUUAGUCUCUUUUUUCCAGCAAUUGCAAUGAGAAGGGAAGGUUGGUGUCCAGUUUGUCAUAACUAGAAGGCAACUCAAUUUUGGAGUCAUGGAAAUGAAGCACAAUUCAAUUUGCAUGAGUCCUUCAUUUGUUUCAAUAUUAAGGAAUAUCAUCCUUUACAAAUUCAGGAACCCCAAGGGGAAAAAAGAAAACAAGCCAGGGACUUAUUUUGCUUAUCACACUAUUUUCUCUGCACUAAUUUCCAAGUAGCCAGCACCAAAAAAAAAACACAUUAAGACUCAGAUCAGGCAUUGAAGACAGUUAAGGUAAGAGCUGCCCUUUGAGUGGAAUGAAUAUCACUUGAAGGCAGAGACCUGUUGGAAAAUUGUAUUACAUAGAUCUUGCACUGUUCUAAAGAACCCCAAUCUUCCAAAGGAGUGGACUUAUAUUGCAUUAGGAUGAAUGCGGACAUUUGGAAGAAGCUUGUGACUAAUAGUUGAAGCAUUCCCUGAAGUCAGUCAACUAGCAGAGGUUAAGGUCAUGAAAGGAUGGUGUAGAAGGACCAUCAUUUCAUUGAAGAUGGUGAAACAGGCACAGAAAGAGAGGAUUUACAAUAAAUCCACAACAGAGUUCCUGGUAUUUUGGCUAAAAUUAAGGACAGACAAGUAAAAGAAGAGGAAGGAGAUCCUUGUUUUAUGGAAGACUAGCUUUGAGGAUUUGGAAGUCAGGAGUGCUUUUGUCCUAGGAGAAUGUUGGAUAAUGUGGGGGGGACAAAAAACCCACAAAAACAAGAGUGCUCUGUUCUUGAGCACAAAGAGCUCUAUAAAAGCCUUUUGAGAGUGUCCUAGAUACGGUUAUACAGUCUUAUCUGGGGAAAGUGGCUCAAAGGGUAGAAGUCUUGCUGAAAAAUUUCUAGCAUUUCAGGACCAGGUAGUGUUAAUAUUUCUAUAUGAAGGGCAGAAGAAUGAGCCAUUUGAACUCAGAUGGAUUUAUCGAAAAUGACAGUCACAGGGCAGCAGAUAGGGGCCUUCACAAUCCAACAAAACCAAACCAGAGGCCUGGGACCCCGUGCUGAGUACCAUUUCCUAUAAACCUACCUUUACAGUGCAUUUGAAUACAGUUGUUGCCCCCUAAACAGUAGAGAUGAAGUCAUCAUUCCUGAUACCUAAGACCUUCCAGAGUCUCUGUUUGUUGAUGGAGAAACAAUCAGUUAUGGUAUACUCCUGAGCUACAGUGUCUGAUCUUAAAUUCACUCACCCAACUAUUUUAUCAUGCUUACCUCCCACUUGAGUUCUUUCCUUUGUUCAAGGUUGUGUAUCCAAUCAGACCGUAGGAAAUAAACACCCACCUAACUGGGUCUGGGGGUCUGUCAUUGAAGGCUGCCAAUUAGUUACCAGAAUGUACUCAUCCGUGCGAGCAAGAACAUUAAUUACAAUCGUUCCCUAAUCUCUUCGGCUACCAUUAGUAAGUGCUUAACGAAUACCAUUUUUUAAAAAAAGGCUAGAACAUGCCCCAUUGUCCUUUUUGACUAGCCAUUUCACAGUCACAACCAGGAAGAAGACCAUGCUAAUCUGAUAAACAUUAGUGCUGAGUUAAGGAUAGCAGGCAAGUGGUGGAGUCAGGAUUCGAACCCAGGUCCUUAUGACUCCCAGCCCUAUGUUCUCUCCACUAGACGACACUGCUCUAUUUGAAAUGAAUGUACCUAUAAUUACUAGGUGCAAAGAAGGGAACCAGUUUGGGCGGGUGGGGGAACAGACACCUAGAAACAGUGAGCUAAUCUGUUUCCAGAAUGGGGUGGGCGGGGAGGAAACAGUUAUUUCCUCAGGCAGUCCCCACCCAGCACAGCUACAACCCCCUCAACUGCUCUGAAUCCUUGCCUUUUUCUCACUUCAUCAGAAAGACAGACCCAUCUCGAUUCUGUUCAAAAAAUACCAAGUUCAGGAACAGCUAGAUGACUACAUAGACAAGAGUUAAAGAGUUGCUUCUGUAUCCUUUUGGGACGAAGUCAUCAACCUACUUCUGGGAAAGACCAAGCUUGUUUUACUGGUUAAAAAAAUCUUUAUUUUACAAAAUUAAAAACAUAAAUAAUAUUUACAAGCAUUUUAAAUACCAGCGUGAUACUUGACACGUUUUUAAGCAUUGCAAAUCGGGAAUCGUGUUUAUUAGAGGCAAGACUGUUACUCUACUUCGGUCAGUCAUCAGCUUUCAAUGUCCUCAGUUCCAUGUUCUAGUCAUUCAAAAAAUAAACAAAUUCUAUGUCAUGAGUA